AUGGCUUCCACUUCACCUUCGACGGGCGCCAUCAUCCUCUACGACAUUGCCCACAGGCCCCCCGUCACCGAGACGUGCUGUUCGCCAAACCCGUGGAAGAGUCGGCUUGCGCUCAACUUCAAGGGCCUCCCGUACUCGACGUCGUGGGUGGGCAUGCCCGACAUCUCCAAAGUUCGUCGUAGCCUCGGCGAGCCGGCCGGUCGCCAGUUCGCCGACGGCACCGAUUUCUACACGCUGCCCAUCAUCCAAGACGCUGCCACAGGCGCCACCGUCGGAGAUUCCUUCGACAUCGCCGUCUACCUGCAGCGCACGUAUCCCGACUCGGGCGCUGGCCAUCUGUUCCCCAAACAAACCCUCGACUACGCCUUUGUCCAGAGCGCCGCCUUUCCGGUGCCGCUGUCGGAGCGCCCGGACGGCGGCUUUCCCGACUACGCCCGUUUCAACACAAACGUCGAUGCCGCCUUCACCACCCACGUUCCGCUCAUGGUUGACGGUCUGCCGCUUGAUCCCGCCACCGCUGACGAGACAAGGGCCGAGUUUGUCCGCCGCGCCGGCGUCAGCUCCUGGGAUGACUUCUCCUUGACCGGCGAGGCGCGAGAGGAGCUCACGGGAUCCUUUCGCCGCACGCUGGGCGACCUCGCCAGGCUGUUCCUGAGGAACACUGACGGACCGUUCCUGCUCGGGCAGCAAGCUAGCUAUGCAGACCUGAUUGUCGGCGCCUGGCUGCGCAUGGCACAAAUUACCUUGCCCAAGCCAGAGUGGGAAGAGGUGAGGCAGUGGCAUGGCGGUGUUUUCGGGCGGCUGCACGAUGCACUGGAGACAUUUGCCGAGGUGAAGUAA